GGGAAACAAAAUUGAAUUUUAGUUCCGGCUGCGGAUUUAAAUACCUUUCGGUGCUGCUGGAGUUUAAUUUCGUAAGGUAAAAGUGCAGCACUGCUUAUGCAUAGCAUUACCUAUGCUGGAAAAUUAUUGUCUUCUAUAAAAUUUUGAUACUCAUUCAUUUGCCGAGAUUAUAAUUCGUAAAACAUGUCUCCCGAUCAACAGAAAGCUGACAUAGGCCCUCAUUGGGCUUGCAGUUAUGGGUCAAAAUCUCAUCCUAAACAUGAAUGAUCAUGGAUUUGUGGUAUGUGCCUAUAACCGCACUGUUGAUAAAGUUGAAAAAUUUUUGAAUAAUGAAGCCAAAGGGACCAAAGUAAUUGGUGCACGUUCAUUAGAAGAAAUGGUUGCUAAACUAAAAAAGCCGCGAAGAAUCAUGAUGCUUGUCAAAGCUGGUGAAGCUGUUGACAGCUUUAUUAAGCAACUGAUCCCUCUUCUUGAGCCUGGCGAUAUCAUAAUAGAUGGUGGUAAUUCUGAAUAUACAGAUACUAAUCGAAGGUGCAAAAUGUUGAAGGAGAAGAAUUUAUUUUAUGUUGGCUCUGGUGUUAGUGGUGGAGAGGAAGGUGCACGAACCGGACCCUCACUUAUGCCUGGUGGUUCCCCUGAAGCUUGGCCACAUAUCAAGAACAUUUUUCAGAGCAUAGCUGCCAAAGUUAAUGGAGAACCUUGCUGCGAUUGGGUUGGAGAAGAAGGAUCAGGUCAUUUUGUAAAGAUGGUUCAUAAUGGUAUUGAAUAUGGUGAUAUGCAGCUUAUAUGUGAAGCUUACCAUUUACUGAAGGAUGCAUUGGAUCUGGAUCAUGAUGAAAUGAGCCAAAUUUUUGCUGAUUGGAAUAAAGGUGAAUUGGAUUCAUACUUAAUUGAAAUCACUAGUAAUAUCCUCAAGUAUAAAACAAAUGGAGAAGUUUUGGUCACUAAGAUUCUAGAUUCUGCUGGUCAGAAAGGAACUGGGAAAUGGACUGCAAUAACUGCUCUAGAUUAUGGAGUCCCUCUAACAUUAAUUGGUGAAGCUGUCUUUGCAAGAUGCUUGUCAUCUCUAAAAGAAGACCGUGUUAAGGCCAGUUACUUAAAAGGACCAAGUGGAGUUAGAUAUCAAGGAAAUAAGAAAGAGUUCAUUGAGCACGUACGGAAAGCACUAUAUGCAUCAAAAAUUGUUUCAUAUGCUCAAGGAUUUAUGCUUCUUAGAGAAGCUGCCAAAGUAUUUAAUUGGAAUUUAAAUUACGGUGCCAUAGCAUUAAUGUGGAGAGGAGGAUGCAUUAUUAGAAGUGUGUUCCUUGGUAACAUAAAAGCAGCAUUUGACAAAAAUCCUGAGCUUUCCAAUCUUCUGAUGGACCAAUUUUUCUGUGAUGCAAUUGAUAACUGUCAAGAAUCUUGGAGACACACUUUGACAACAGCUGUAACACUGGGCAUUCCAACCCCUGCAUUUAGUGCAGCAUUAGCAUUUUAUGAUGGAUUUAGAUCUGAGAUGUUGCCAGCAAACCUUAUUCAAGCACAAAGAGAUUAUUUUGGUGCUCAUACAUAUGAACUUCUCAAAGAACCUGGUAAAUUUGUUCAUACAAAUUGGACAGGCCAUGGUGGAAAUGUUACAUCAUCUACUUACAAUGCCUGAUUAAUUGAACUGUUUUUUUGCAAAAAUUGGAAAUUUCUAUUUUAUAUGUUGUUAAAAUAUUUGGUAUAUAUUCUAUAUAUGUGUUGUAUCUUUUUCAUAUAUGAAAUACGUUUUAUAAAAUGUUUUUCUGUAAUAUUUUAUGCAUUUUAUUUAAACAUAGAUUAUUGUUUAAUGCUUGAUUCACUCCUACAUAAUUUAUUUUUUACAAAUAUUUCUGCCUUGCUCUUUGAUGCGCAUAACAUUUUGCAUUGCUCUUGUGAGCUUUAAAAAAUUAUUACAGAAGAUAAAGUCUGUCCAGCUUUGAACCAAAGUUUAGAAUUUUUUAAAUUUUGGUUCAUAAAUCAAAAAUUGUUAGAUGUAAUGGAUGGGAAGAAUAAAUAAAAACAAAUUCCAAAAAAAGCCCACAUAUUUUUAUAAAGCAAUGUAUAUUAAAUAUGUAACAUUUUUAUAUGACAAGAAAAUUUUUAAAAGGCAUAUAAAAGCUAUAUGUUUUUCAAAAUUGAAUUUUGGUUCUUUCUCAUCAAAUUAAGCAGCGUAAUUACUUCCUGAUCAGUUACACAUUUUGUUCUAAUUUCAUUAUUCAAUAAAUUCAUUACAGUUCAACAUGUUUUCUGUGUUCUUGUAGGAAAACUGUGUAUAUAAUUAGAAUUCUCAGUAAAAGGCACAGUUUUUAUUUUUGAUCAUAAUAAAAGUUGAAAACUGUUUA